GUGAAUUAAAUAAAUAAAGAAGAAUAAAUUACAUUUUGGCAGCUAUGCUCCACAUAUUUUGUUCAACUCCAACACCAACACUGUGAAUUCUAUCUUGUUUCCUCUGUCUCCGUUCAAUUUGAAGAUUACAUCAGGCAAUGAGGUCUUUGCGAAGCCUUGAGGUCUGGAAACUGGGAGUUGUCAACUAUUUGGAUGCAUUAAAACUGCAGGAAAAGCUUGUAUUGGAAAGAAAAUCUCAUAGGAUAUGUGAUACUCUUCUGUCUUUGCAACACCCUCCUACAUACACUGUUGGCAAAAGACAAACUGUUCACAAUUUACUAAUCCCCCAGUCAGAAUUGGAACAGAUUGGAGCUGAACUUCACUACACACAACGAGGAGGAGACAUUACAUUUCACGGUCCACACCAGGCCAUUUUAUAUCCUAUCAUUUCGCUCCGUGACACGGGACUUGGUGCUAGAAGAUUUGUAGAAAAGAUUGAGUUAACUAUGAUUGAAUUGGCAGGUAUAUACGGCGUCAAAGCUUGUCCUGGGCAGAGGUGUGAGACAGGAGUGUGGGUUGGAGAAAGGAAGAUAGGGGCAAUUGGUGUUCGGAUAUCAAAUGGAAUCACUUCUCAUGGUUUGGCAUUUAACAUUGACCCUGAUUUAAAGUACUUCAGGCACAUUGUUCCGUGUGGAAUUGCAGAUAAAGAGGUGACAUCUUUGAGAAAGGAGACAGGUUUUGACCUUCCCACAGAAGAAAUAAUACAAGAGGAGUUGAUUUCAUGUUUUGCAAGAAUCUUUGGUUAUGAUAACCUGAUCUGGAAAGAGGGUGCUUCUAUAUUGUCUGGUAAAAAUGAAACUGAAUGAGACAGCUAUUUUAGUCAGUAAAUAGUUGUAUAACAGUUAUUCUUUUCUUGUAUUAUUUUGAAGUAUUUAACCAAUAAAAUUCUUGUUUAUUCUA